UCGGUAUUCAUAAAGUAGUCUGGCUGUAUUGAAAGUCGCUCCUCUGUUGGUAAGAAUGUUUCGGCUCCCACGGAUAUCGCUGUAAUAAUUUUAAAGGAACGCUGAGUCUGACGUCGGAGGAACUGCAGCGAGCUAGAGAAAUUUCUAGGACCACUGUCACAAGCCGUUUCAUUUUAAAGACUAGGGUAUAUUUUAAGAGAUACCAGUUCUACAAGCCAUAAAACACUUGUUUUACGGAUAACAUAAAGCUACAGGGUUUCACAACUUCUACUGAGCAGAAUGCCUGUGAAAGGAGGCGGAAAAGUGGCUGCAUAUCCAAGCAAAGGCGAAAAUGUCGGAAGCUCAGGAAUGGAGGAGACUGUUUGGGAGCAGUACACUGUGAACCUACAGAGGGACUCCAAGAUGGGGUUUGGUAUUGCCGUGUCGGGGGGUCGGGACAACCCCAACGUGGAGAACGGAGAGAUGUCAAUCAUCGUGUCAGACGUCCUACAGGGAGGACCAGCUGACGGACUCCUGUUUGAGAAAGAUCGUGUGAUCCAGGUCAACUCCAUCCUCAUGGACAACGUGCCUCAUUCCUUCGCUGUGCAGCAGCUACGCAAAUGUGGGAAGACCGCCAAGGUGACGGUGAAGAGACCUCGGAAGGUGGCUCUCCACUCCCUGAAGCACCCCCCCUCUCCCGGCGGUGAGAGUCGAGACUUCGGCACCACCCGUUACUACGACGCCGAUGACAACCAGAGCGACGGGGGCUGGCAGCGCGGCAACGGUGGGCCCGGUUACACCCACGAGCCUCGUGACCUCACCCCCGACAACAAGAACUACCUGGACCCCGACUACGGUGGCCGUGGUAAUCGGGGGAGGAGCCGGGGGAGGAGCCAGGAGAGGGCAUCGCCGAGCCCUGAGCAUCGCCGCGACAACAGCAAGGGGCGGGCCUUGGACCGGGAGCCGCCCAGUCCCGAGAGGCUGCGGAUUCCACAGGAAGGCAGCCGGGGGAGGAGCACGGACCGGGAGAGAGGAGGAGGGGGAGGAGGGAGUCCAGGUGGGAGGAGCUACGGCCGAGGUGACAGCUACGAGCGGGGAGGGGGGAGGUACGGGGAUGUAGGAGGUACCGGAGGGAGGAUGGUGAAGAGUACGAGUAGAGACCAACUCCAGGAGCCGCCCUCCUCGACCUCCCCGGACCUCCCACGAGGAGGAGGAGGAGGAGGAGGAGGAGGAGGGGGACUAAGAGACCUGGAGCCCCUGGAGAAACCUGUUAAUGUCCUGCUGGUCAAGAACAGACCCAACGAAGAGUACGGUCUGCGUCUGGGCAGUCAGAUCUUCAUCAAGGAGAUGACCAGUACAGGACUGGCUACCAAGGACGGAAACUUACAGGAGGGAGACAUCAUUCUAAAGAUCAACGGGACAGUAACAGAGAACAUGUCUCUGAACGAUGCAGGGAAGCUCAUUGAGAAGUCUAGAGGGAAACUCCAGCUGGUCGUCCAGAGAGACCGCAGACAGAUCCUCAUCCGUAUCCCGCCCCUCGUCGACUCUGACUCCGAACCUGACGAUAUCUCAGAGAUAGAGUCCUACCAUUCCUACUCUCCCCAGGAGGACAGGAGAUCUCGCCAGUCUGACCUCUCCUCCCACUCCUCCAAUGAGAGAGACAACCCCAGACCUCUAACCAGCCUGGAAGACUCUCCCAGGGUAGCCAAGAUGUCUGCCAUGGCCUCACCUUUCAGGGUUCCCCCCCCACAGGACCCCCCCGCCCCGGGCCCUGCCAACCUGGACUCAGAGGGGCCGCCACGCCUCCACGAGCCACCAGCGUCAGCAAAGACCACUCCUAAGAUCCUGCUACGCCCCAGCCCAGAGGAUGAAGAGCUCUAUGGGGCUAACACUGUGAUGGUGAGUUUCCAGAAGGGGGACAGUGUGGGUCUGAGGCUGGCGGGGGGCAACGAUGUGGGCAUCUUCAUCGCUGGCAUCCAGGACGGCAGUCCUGCCGAGGAGGAGGGGCUACGCACCGGAGACCAGAUCAUGAAGGUGAAUAAGGUAGAAUACCGAGGCAUGGUGAGAGAGGAGGCUGUUCUCUAUCUGCUGGAGAUUCCUAAAGGAGAGGACGUCACCAUACUGGCCCAGAGGAAACCUGAUGUCUACAGUGACAUCCUGGUGUCUGGUCGUGGGGACUCCUUCUUUAUCAGGACUCAUUUUGAUUACGAGCGUGAGGCUCCCCAGAGCCUGGCCUUCUCCAGAGGGGAGAUCUUCAAGGUGGUGGACACCCUCUACGACGGCAAGCUGGGAAACUGGCUGGCCAUCCGCACCGGCAAGGACAAACAGCUGCUGGAGAAGGGCAUCAUCCCCAACAAGAGCAGGGCUGACCAGAUGGCGAGCGUCCAGGACUCCCAUAAGGCCGCUGGGACGGACCGGGCUGACUUCUGGCGUCUGAGGGGUCAAAGGGCAGCCAAGAGAAAGGAGCCGAGGAAGAGCAGAGAGGAUGUCAGCGCUACGCCCGUCGCCACACGCUUCCCCGCGUACGAGAGAGUCGUGCUCAGAGAGGCUGGUUUUAGACGUCCUGUGGUUCUGUUUGGACCUAUAGCUGAUGCAGCCAACGACAAGCUUGCUAACGAGCUGCCUGAACUAUUCGUCAUCGCCAAAACAGAGCCUAAAGAUGCAGGGUCAGAGAAAUCCUCAGGAGUGGUGAGACUCAACACCAUCCGCCAGAUCAUCGAGCAGGACAAGCAUGCCCUGCUGGAUGUGACUCCCAAGGCGGUAGACACACUGAACUACACCCAGUGGUACCCCAUCGUCAUCUUCUUCAACCCAGACAGUAAACCAGGCAUUAAGUCCAUGAGGCAGAGGGUGAUACCUGGAUCCAACCGCUCAGCACGCAAACUAUACGAACAAGCUGUCAAACUGAGGAAGACCUGCUCUCACCUCUUCACUGCUACUAUUGAGGUGAACUCGGCCAACGAUGCGUGGUACGGCAGUGUCAAGGACUCUAUCAGAGAGCAGCAGACUCAGGCUGUCUGGGUGUCUGAGGGGAAGCUGGAUGGGACGGGGACGGACCUUGAUCUCCACGACGACCGCAUGUCCUGCCUGUCAGCCAUGUCGGCCGACUACCUGAGCAUGGACAGCCGACUGGCCAGCGACUAUGAUGACACGGCGGACGAGGGCGGGGCUUAUACGGAUAACGAGCUGGACAAUGAACCGACCGACCAACUACCGGUGUCGGCUAUAAGCCGCUCCUCUGAGCCCGUGCUGGCAGAGGAGAUCCUGCGCAGGUGCAGUGCAGAGAUCCGUGGUGGCGUCAGGAGGGUGGGCAGCAGGGAGAUGCUCAGCAGUGCCAGCCCAGCACACGUGUUUGUACCUGACCCCCCCAAGGUGAAGUUGGUGUUCAGGGAAGAGAUAGUCCCUCCCUGGGGGGUGAUAGGGGCGUACGACCCCCCCCCAGCCGAGGCUACGACUCCCACUCCUCCAGCCCUGCCAGCAGCGACCCCCCUCCUCUCCCUCGCACCCUCAACUCCUUCGGCAAGGCCAAGCCCCUGGCACUGCAGCCCCCCAUCGCCCUCAAACCCUCCUAUAAUACCCAGGACACCGCCAGCAGCACAGCCCCAGUCACGGUGGCCCCUACGGGCCCGGAGGAGCCAGAGGACCCCAGCCUCAAGUCAUUCCUGGGGAAGGUCAAGGCCUUUGAGAAGAUGGACCACUUUGCACGUGCUCAGAGGAUGCUGGAGCUGCAGGAGGCACAGAACGCCAGGUUGGAGAUAGCUCAUAAGCACCCAGACAUCUAUGCUGUCCCCCUGAAGACCCAGAAACUGGAUCACAGCCGGCCUCAGCC